AUGCUUUCGAGAACCAAGAUUCCAGAGGCAGUCUUCUUCCGGGGACCGACGUCGGCGACGAACCUCCCGCACGUCGCGGCCCUCGUCAAGGAACGGCGGGAAACGCGCCCCAGCCCGCGGCUCUGCGAGCGAUGCCAGGACUGGGACGUCCCCGAAUUCGCCGCCGGCUUCGGCGCCAAGGCGCAUCACUACGUCUGUCUACGGGACAUCCUGCGGAACACGUACCGGUGUCUGGUCUGCGAUGCCAUCGCGACGGCAACCCAAGCCCGCCGGCGGGAGAGUGAAUGGCUGAGUGGGAGCCCAGAUACAUGUGUCUAUGUGACCGUUCAGGGGCCUUUCUUUCUCGAUUCGGGAACCAAAAGUAAUCAGAAGCUUCGACUGGACUUUUCCGUGCCGGAUGAGGUUUCCGUCAGGCUGUUCCUCGAGUUGACCUUGAGCGUCGUGGCGAACAAGCCGUCCUCGUUGUCGUCGUUGUCGUCGCCGGCAGAACACCAGCCCUUUGCAAUCACGCCCCAGUAUCGGCUCAGGUACUCCAUGAACGAGCCUCGCCGCCUGCAUGCUGUUGAAGAUUGGGAGGUGGACUUCUUUGAUGCCCAGAUCCUGAAAGGAUGGGUCGACGGCUGUGGAAUCCUCCACGGCGCGAAAUGUGUCGGGGAGUACACGUCUAUCUGUAAGCAACGAGCAGCUGUGGCUCCUUCGCCGGCCAAGUCUGCGGAGACACUAAACCAAGAUAUACUCAGAUAA